AGGAAGAGGUCUGCAGCAGAUUUCCAGUUUUUGCAAUGUAUAGGAGAAGGUUCAUACUCAAAAGUUUAUCGUGCAGUGUCAAAGAAAAAUGUACACACCUACGCCAUCAAGAUUUUAAACAAACAGCAUAUACAUAAAGAGAAAAAGCGAAAGUAUGUGACAAUUGAAAAGAACACCUUAAACCUUCUAGGGAAACAUCCCGGGAUCGUCACGCUAUACUACACCUUCCAAGAUCCUAAAAGUCUAUACUUUGUAAUAGAUUUUGCACAAAACGGAGAAUUGUUAAAUCUGAUACAUAAGCUGGGGAGUCUCAGUGUGGAAUUAUCAAAAUACUAUACCAUUCAACUUAUAGAUACAAUUGCCUUCAUACAUGGAAAGGGCAUAAUUCACAGGGAUUUGAAGCCAGAGAAUAUUCUACUCGGCAGUGACUGGAAAUUGAUGAUAACCGACUUCGGAGCAGCCAAAUUUCUAGAUGAAACGAGACAACCACUAGGUAAAGUCAUAGGACCUGAAGAGAAUGAGGAUUCAACUGAUAGUCUUGGCUCUUUUGUCGGAACAGCAGAGUACAUUUCCCCGGAAUUGUUGAAGUACAACCAGUCGAGUUUUGCCAGUGAUUUUUGGUCCUUGGGAUGUAUAAUUUAUCAGAUGUUUGUUGGAAUUCCUCCAUUCAAGGCUUCCAAUGAGUACGAAACAUUUGAAAGAAUUGUGGAACUAAACUAUUCUUUCCCUGAUCCCCACAAAUUUCCUGUGCCUUCUUACGUGGUUGACUUGGUUCGUCAUUUGUUGAUCGAAGACCCAAACCAAAGAUUCGGUUCUGAAAGCGUAAUGGCACACACGUGGUUUAUAGACAUUGAUUGGCAAGAUAAAAGCAAGCUAUGGGGGCCGGUCCCGAAGCUCGAACCUUAUAAACCAGAAAAACAUUUCAGACUGAAACGAGCACAACUCCCAUCAGAACCUCAGCAAGUGCAAAAUGUAAAUAAUGUACAGAAGCAUACAAAUUCCAGUAUACAGCCAGUUUUGAAGAAGCAAAUAAUAAAUGCCCAAAACAAUACCCAUCUUAUGAACAAGGUUUUGAACAAUAGAAUUAAUGAAAAAAGUACUAUUAUUACUAAAAAAUUAGCCAACCCAAGCACAGGCUCUUCCACUACCCUCAAUUAUACUGCUCAAGCUUUAUCCAAUGGGAGGUCAGAUUCUAUUGGUUCACUUCAAGUGGACAGGAAACGGGUCGGAAACAAGCCGUCUAUACCUCCUUUACCUACGCAGAAAAAGCAAGUAUCCUCUCCUCGUCAAAACUCUUUGAGUUCUUUGCUGACGAACAAUGACUCCGCUAAGUCGGUAAUCAUAAAUUCGAAAAAGACGAAAACUCCAUCAACUACCCCGACAAUGCAUCCUCUAACGGCCAAACCUAUUGAUGCUUCACUCGCAUCUUCUUCGUAUUCUCCGACCAUGCCGGUCAAACCUACGAUGUCCCCCAAAAGCGGAUAUACCCAACUACCCUCUUUUAUCCAGAAGCCAAGAGUAACAUCGUCAGAUGCAGCAGCAGCAGCAGGAGCUAUUGGUACUCUGCUUACUCAUAAACGACACCUAAACUCAACCUCAAGCACGACCACACAAUAUAAGCAGCUGCACAAUCAUCAAAAACAAUUGAUCAAUCCUGUACUUUUAGAUAGGCAAAUACCCGCAAUUAUCACCUCAAAAUUAAUGCAGCAGGAAACCAUUUUAAAAUUAGACAACAUUUUCAAAAGCGAGAUAAGCCACAAGCCUAAUCAGUUUACUGCUCCUGGAGAAACGCUGAACCACUCAGUUUUAGAGAAGCUAAUUCAUAAAUAUGAAAGAGAUCUUGAGAAAGAUCUGAAGGCGUGUGUUCUGGUUAUAACAAGUUUUGCUCGUCUAUUCAUAUAUGAGCUAAACGAUGAUUUCCGCUUGCAUAAUCCUCAAAGUUCAACUCAAAUGCAAGCCUUGGACUUUUUCCUGAAAAUCAUUGAGAUCAAGCUGACCAACAAAAACGUGAGUCUUUACGAUUAUGAGUUUGACGAAGAAAUUCACGAGGGAUAUCUAAUUUUGGAAUUGGCUAACGUGAAUAAGUUGAUAUUUUUGAGUGCAUGGGAUAGAAGCAGACUGGUGAAAGGUGGGCUGAACUCAAAUGUGCGUGUUGGCUUUCACAUCAAUGAAAACGAGUCCUGGGUGAAAUCUUUUUUGAAGGCAAAGAAUUUGCUGAAGAAG